UUUUUCUAAAUAAUAAAUCAUUCUAACAUCACAGCAACAUCAACAAAGUACCCAUACUUCUUUCUUUCUAACACCACAUUCUUUUUUCCUCUUCAACCGUUUCUUGCUACUUACUUUGGAAUCUCCACCUCUUCUUCUUCUUCUCCUUGUUUUUGCAGGACUACUGGUAUUAUUCAGAAAGCUAAGCGGUGUUUGGGAGAUUUAGCACACGACGCAUCUUUUUACACUGAACUUACUAAGUUGAACACGAUUGAAGAUACUUAAACAAAUUUUUCUUCAUUAAAUUGGUUUAGGGCUUGUAAUGCUCAUUUAACAUACUUGAAAAGAAGCCAUAUGAUGGCCACUGCUGCAGUUAUUGGACUUAGUGCAGGAAAGAGGCUCCUGAGUUCAACCUUUUAUUAUUCUGACCUCACAGAAAAGCUUUCCAGCGCCAAUGAGCAUGGGUUAACCCACUAUCAAAUUACUUCAACUAAGACUCUGAUAGUUGCAAAGAAGUCAUCGAAUUAUGGCCCCAGUUUCCCAUCUUCCAACCGAAAUACACAGUCCAUCAAGGCUCUUAAAGAACAUGUGGAUACUGCCUCUGCCCCCUCAACUGCAGCAACACAGUUCAAGACUUUCAAUGACAUGGAAGAGGAAAGUUCUGAUCUUGACUAUUCAGUAGAGGCAUUACUUUUGCUGCAGAAGUCCAUGCUUGAGAAACAAUGGAAUCUUUCAUUUGAAAGGACAGACUCAAGUGAUUCACCAAGUAGAAAAAGUCAGAAGAAGAUACCUGUAACUUGUUCUGGGGUGUCUGCUCGGCAACGCAGAAUAAAUAUUAGGAGGAAGAAUUUAAGCCAAAGUAAAUUUACAGUGCAAGCAAAUGUCUUUAAGCAGCUAAAAUCAGCUGUUAGUCCAGAGCUGCUGCAGAAUCGUUUGAAGGGUUAUGUUAAGGGUGUAGUAAGUGAAGAGCUGCUCAGCCAUGCUGAAGUUGUCCGCCUGUCGAGGAUUAUAAAAGCUGGUCUUUCCUUGGAGGAUCAUAAAUCCAGGCUGAAGGAAAGAUUAGGAUGUGAUCCCUCUGAUGAACAAGUUGCAACUUCAUUGAAGAUUUCUCGAGCUGAGUUACAGUCCAAAUCGAUAGCUUGUUCUCUGGCAAGAGAGAAGCUGGCAAUGAGCAAUGUUCGUCUAGUCAUGUCUAUUGCUCAAAGAUAUGAUAACAUGGGUGCUGAAAUGGCUGACCUUGUUCAGGGAGGUUUGAUUGGACUAUUGCGCGGUAUCGAGAAAUUUGAUUCUUCAAAGGGCUUCAGAAUUUCAACUUAUGUUUAUUGGUGGAUACGCCAGGGCGUCUCUAGAGCAUUAGUUGAGAAUUCAAGAACGUUAAGACUGCCCAAUCAUUUACACGAAAGGCUAGGUUUAAUUCGGAAUGCAAAAAUCAGACUGGAAGAGAAAGGAGUUACUCCUUCAAUUGAUAGAAUUGCAGAAUCCCUAAAUAUAUCCCAGAAAAAAGUUAGGAAUGCUACAGAGGCUGUUAGCAAGGUUUUCUCACUUGAUAGAGAAGCAUUCCCCUCUUUGAAUGGUCUCCCAGGAGAAACCCACCAUAGUUACAUCGCAGAUAAUUGCCUUGAGAAUAACCCAUGGCAUGGAGUAGAUGACUGGGCACUCAAGGAUGAAGUAAACAAGCUUAUCAAUCUGACUCUCCAAGAACGAGAGCAGGAGAUCAUACGACUUUACUAUGGUUUGGAUAAUGAAAGUCUUACUUGGGAGGAUAUUAGCAAGCGGAUAGGUUUGUCAAGAGAAAGAGUUCGGCAAGUCGGACUUGUCGCGCUAGAGAAACUAAAACAUGCUGCAAGGAAGAAGAAGCUGGAGGCAAUGCUAGUGAAACAUUGAAUUGGAGUAUAUUUCAUUGGAAACUCCAGAGUAUGAUUGUAUAUAAACAGAAAGCAAAGCUGCAUCUUUGAUUCCUUUUUUCCAAAGAGAAAUAACUAUAGGAGAUUAUAUAAGGGUCUACGACCCUAGAAACUUUCUGUAGAGUUGAACACACUGAUUAAGUACUAGCUGCAGCCACAAUUUUUUGUGUAUUUAUCAUAUGUUUUAAGGGAUACAGCCUCUGGAUGUGAAUUCAGAAAUCAUUUAAUCUUAUUAUGUAUUAUGGUGGUAACAAUGAUUAACUAGUGUUUGCUUUC